UUUUAUUUAUUUAAAAAUAUCCCAGAUAUUACCUCAAACAUGGAUACAAGUGCUGCUAAUUUCAGUAUGAACGAAGAAGAGGGAUCUUUCUUUCGAUCUAGAAAGAUGAGUGCGUCUGAAAUCCUCAAGGUUCAGAUUUACCAGUAUGAGAACGCCCAUAAAGAGAUUUUACACCUGAAAAGAAAUCUUAAAGAGAAAAGGAUUUCCCUUGAAAAUGAAAUGCAGAGUUAUGUAGAAGCUAAUAGAGAGAUUCUUCAAGAGACUGAUAAAACUCAGAGUGAGAUUUUAAAGACUUUAAACGAUAUUAACGUUUGAAGAAGAAACCUUGCUUAUAAAAUUGAGGAGCUCAAAAUAUUCCAUGAGGCUCUCCAACUCCAUGAGGAAACCAAGCAUAAGACAAACAUCGACAUGCAGAAUAUGAAGGUUGAUUAUAGCUAUGAAGAAAAGUAUUUUAGAGAACUGAAAAGCAAUAUUUCCAUAACUCUUCAAAACAUUAAGCAGUCCUCUUUAGAUGAGGACAUACCAUCCUUAAAAUAAGGCUGAUAAGACUCUAACUAAUUGCUAUCUUUCGAUGGAACAACUAUCAUGUGAUUUAUCCAAAAAUCUAAAAUUAUCAAAGAAACCAACUACUUCAAAAUCAAUCUGAGAUAUAAACAAAGAGAUGGAGAGGGAAGAAAGUGGCCUAUCACUCUGCAUCCGAGCUGAGAAAGCAUGAAUCUGGAAGGUGCUAAUCUCCUUCCUUGUAGGACUUCUAUUGUUCAUGAUCAUACAAUUUGUUAAAAACUAUUAAUUCAAGCAAUAUUUGGAAAUAGGGG